CAAGCCAGUCUUCCUUCCCCCGUUAACAUCGCGAAAGUUCAAAAAAGUUUGCGCUCUCACUGCGCCGAUCCGCUCCUAGUUUGCCACCCCGCCUCCCCUGCCAGAGGAUGGCUUCCUCCAAGGAAAACUACCGCGUCGAGCUCCGAGCCGCCGCCCGCCAGCUCGGCGACCGCUGCCUCUACUCCGCCGCGAAAUGGGCCGCCGAGCUGCUCGUCGGCAUCGAGCCGGACGCGGCGCCAUCCCAGUCGGCCGCAAUGGACACUCCGUCCUCGUCGAGCGCCGCCGCGGGCGGGCGGCUGCUGCACCUCCACCGCAGUGGAGGGUCCAGCUUCCGCCGGCGCUCCCGACUGGGCGGCGCCGGCGCCGAAGUUGGGACGCCACUCGGCGGCGUGUCCUACGUGAGCACACCCAUCCCGGACGACGACCCGUUCGACGCAGGGGCCGACAAGUACCUGCUUGCGAAGGCCUACUUCGACUGCCGCGAGUACCGGCGUGCCGCGCACGUGCUGCGCGACCAGGUCGGGCGCAAGGCUGUGUUCCUGCGAUCCUACGCGUUGUACAUGGCUGGAGAGAAGCGAAAAGAGGAAGAGACAAUAGAGCUUGAAGGAUCUCUGGGGAAGAGCAAUGUUGUUAAUCAGGAACUAGUUGCAUUGGAGAGGGAACUCUCGACACAUCGGAGAACUGGUUCCAUUGAUUCGUUUGGCUUGUACUUGUAUGGCAUUGUUCUACGUGAUAAAGGCUGUGAAGGUCUAGCAAGAACAGUUCUGGUAGAAUCUGUCAACAGCUACCCAUGGAAUUGGUGUGCUUGGUUAGAGAUACAAUCUCUGUGCACUAGCAGUGACAUUUUGAACAACUUAAAUCUGAAGAAUCACUGGAUGAAAGAUUUCUUCAUUGCUAGUGCACAUCUGGAAUUAAAGAUGCAUGAAGAAGCCUUGAAAAGAUAUGAGCGCUUGCUGGGGAUCUUUCGUUGUAGUGACUACAUUCAGGCUCAAAUAGCAACCGUUCAGUACAGUAUGAGGGACUUGGAUGAAGCUGACAUGAUUUUUGAAGAACUCCUCAGAACUGAUCCUUUUCGUGUGGAUUCUAUGGACAUUUACUCAAAUUUACUGUAUGCAAAAGAAAGCUUGACUGCUCUGAGCUUCCUUGCUCACAGAGUAUUUUUGACUGAUAAAUAUCGUCCAGAAUCUUGCUGCAUAAUUGCAAAUUACUACAGUUUGAAGGGGCAGCAUGAGAAAUCUGUUUUGUACUUCCAAAGAGCACUGAAGCUUAACCGCAAGUACCUCUCAGCUUGGACUCUCAUGGGACAUGAGUUUGUUGAGCUAAAAAAUACACCUGCUGCAAUUGAUGCUUACAGGAGGGCUGUUGAUAUAAAUCCUAGAGAUUACCGUGCUUGGUAUGGUCUUGGCCAGAUCUAUGAGAUGAUGGGAAUGCCAUUUUAUGCACUAUAUUACUUCCGGAAAUCAUCACUCCUGCAACCUAAUGAUUCCCGGCUUUGGAUUGCCAUGGCUCAGUGCUAUGAAAGCGAUCCGCUUCAAAUGAUUGAAGAAGCCAUCAAGUGCUAUGAGAGGGCUGCAAAUAGUGAUGACACUGAAGGAAUAGCACUUCACCAACUAGCAAAGUUACACAGUAUGCUUGGGCAAUCUGAGGAGGCUGCAUUUUACUACAAGAAAGAUUUAGAGAGAAUGGAAGUUGAGGAAAUGCAGGGCCAGAAUUUUGUUGAGGCCUUGCUAUUCCUUGCUAAGCAUUGCAAGACCAUAGGCAGGUUUGAUGAAGCGGAGCACUAUUGCACAAGACUCUUGGAUUACACUGGUCCUGAAAAGGAGACUGCAAAAAGUAUAUUACAAGGGCUAAAACAAGCACAGUCAGGAUUUCCAUCGAUGGAUAUCGAUCAUUUUGCAUUGUAAAUUUGACUUGUAGACAAGUUAUUUGUUUGGGGAACUUGGACAAUGAGUGUAAAUGUGCAAGAGAGAAGUGUCACUUGCUUCUGUUUAUCUUUUCUCGCAUGCUUCGAGGGAAGAUACAUUUGGCUUCGAAGAAA